GGAAAAAGCAUUGGACGGAUUACAAAACAGCUGAAUCAGCUCGGUCCUCAGUCCGACACAUCUUAAUCAAAACGAGAUGAAAAAAAUACUGUUGUUGUUUCUCUUCUGUCGUGUUUCAUUUCCAGUGAAGCACUCUAUGAAGGUUUUCUUCACUGCGUCCUCUGGAGUCCAAGAGUCUCACAACUUCCCAGAGGUUGUGUCUGUUAUGCUGAUUGAUGAUGUUGAGGUGGCUUACUGUGACAGCAGAAUCAAGACCGCAUUACCCAAACAGGACUGGAUGGAAAAAUUAAGAGACGGGGAUCCUAAGUUCUGGAAGUGGUACACAGGGGAGUGUACGGUGCACCAGCAGGUCUUCAGAGACGAAUUCAUCAGUUUGAAGAAACGCUUAAACCACACCGGAAGUAUCCACAUUUUACAGAAAAUGUUUGGCUGUGAACAGGAUGAGGAGACUGGACAUAUCAGCGGUUUUCAUCAAUAUGGUUACAAUGGAGAAGACUUUCUUGUAUUUCAUCUGGAGACACAAACAUGGAUUGCCCCAACACCUCAGUCUGUCAUGACCAAACACAUGUGGGACAGAGACAGAUCCAGAAAUGACUUUUGGAAGAUCGUUUUUCACCAUGCUUGUAUUGAUUGCCUGAACAAGCUUUUGGACUAUGGGAGGAGCUCUGUGAUGAGAACAGACCUUCCCUCAGUGUCUCUCCUCCAGAAGUCUCCCUCCUCUCCAGUCAGCUGCCACGCUACAGGUUUCUACCCAGACAGAGCCAUGAUGUUCUGGAGGAAAGAUGGAGAGGAGAUUCAUGAGGACGUGGACCAUGGAGAGAUCCUCCCCAACCAUGAUGGAUCCUUCCAGAUGAGCAGUGACCUGGAUGUGUCAUCAGUCCCACCUGAAGAUUGGAGGAGGUACGACUGUGUGUUUCAUCUCUCUGGUGUGAAGGACGACAUCGUCACCAAACUGGACAAAGCAGUGAUCAGGGCCAACCAGGUUUCUCCCUCACAGUUUCCUGCUGGUCCUGUUAUUGGAGUUGUUGUAGGACUGGUGCUGUUGACACUCUGCAUCACUGGAGUCUUCAUCUGGAGAAACAACAAUCAUGGUUUCAAGCCUGCAAACUCUUCAGACUCUUCUUCCUCUCAAACCACUUCGGUCACAGACGCAGCUCUUGAUUGAUCACACUAUCCAGUGAAGAUAAGAAGGACCAGUCAGGAAGUCAAAUGAUACAGAUAAAACUGGUCAAAGAAAGAACACAGAAUUAUUUUUCCAGGAAGACUUCUUGGGUUUUCAGACAUGUACAUUUCUACUUUUAAGUUACUGGACCUGUUUUAACUUCAGUCGCCUUUUGUCUCUAUACGUCAUAUUCUGCUUUAGAAAACGUAAGACCAAACUCAAACAUGUUAACAUUUGUUUUUGACAAGACAUUAUGUAGUAACUGUCUUCAGUACAUGCAUGUUAGUUUUUAAUGUACUUAGUUCUUAACUGAUUUACACUGGUGAACUAUAAAACAUCAAUGUGUUAGUCGUAGUUCUCAGAUGCUAAUUACAUAUAAUAAUAAUAAUAAUAAUAAUAAUAAUAAUAAUACAUUUUAUUUAUCAGCGCCUUUCAAGACACUCAAGGUCACUGUACAUAGAGAAUAAAUAAAUAAAAGCAACACAGCAGCAAUAAUAAAACAUUCAGAAGUUAGCAGCAGGCAAUGACAUUUAGCAGUGAUAGGCUUGUUUAAACAGAUAUGUUUUAAGGUUGGAUUUGAAAGUGUCCGGGGAUUGAAUAUUUCACACAUAUGUUGUGUUACGUGAACAUAUGUUGCAGAAAUUGUCUCCACUUUGCACCAGUUCAAAUGGCAAUAGGAAGAAGUUGUUAUCAUUCAGUUUGUUUGCUUUUUUUGGUAAACAAAAUAUUGUAUGGGGCGGCACGGUGGUGUGGUGGUUAGCACUGUCGCCUCACAGCAAGAGGGUUGCCGGUUCGAUCCCGGGUGUGGGAGCCCUUCUGUGCAGAGUUUGCAUGUUCUCCCCGUGUCAGCGUGGGUUCUCUCCGGGCACUCCGGCUUCCUCCCACAGUCCAAAGACAUGCAGAUUGGGGACUAGGUUAAUUGGUAACUCUAAAUUGUCCAUAGGUGUGAAUGUGAGCGUGAAUGGUUGUUUGUCUCUAUGUGUCAGCCCUGCGAUAGUCUGGCGACCUGUCCAGGGUGUACCCUGCCUCUCGCCCGAUGUCAGCUGGGAUAGGCUGCACCCCCCCUGCGACCCUCAAGAGGAUGAAGCGGUUAGAAGAUGAAAAUAUUGUAUAGCUACAUUUUGCUGCCUUUUAGUUUUAAUUGUUGCUCUUUAAAGUUGCAAUACAAGUUUAGCUAUGAUUGAUUGGGGCUGAACGCAACCAUGGUUUCAGCCCAACAAAACAAGCAAAACAUCUUUGUCAAUGUGUUAUGUGUGUAACCCACUGUGGGAGAUUUAAAAAGCAGCUCUUUACCCUCUAAGCAGAGGACAAGAUCAACCGCCAUAUAACAGGGACAGUAAAUAAUAGUUAUUGCCCUGUUAUGCCAUUGUUGUCAUUUAUAAAUUGCUGCUGACUUGCAUGUUAUAUGUCACACUACAGACUGUUGUGUUACAUGUCACGCCCGUCAUGUCACAGAACUAAAAGAGACUGACAGAUGGCUUCCUGCUAUAAAAGUGAAGAAGUGACUAUACUUGAUGUGCAUAAUAUUUAACUGUAAACAUUUUAUUUCACAUUGUAGGAUUGUAUUCCACAUUAUGUGAAUUUUUAUGAAUCCUUAUUUUAUUUGCUAUUUGUUAUGUAUUUAUUCAUUCAUUUACACUGAUGCAACAUUGUGUUUCCUGUUGAAGUUUCUAAGCAUGUUAAAUGAGACAGACAGUGAUGGUGGUUGGGCUCCUGAGUGGGUCAUGGCAUUCAUGAAGUUUCCAAUCAGGUCAGUUGGACCAGCCAUUGUUGUUUAGCCUGAGCAGAUAUAAUGAAACUAUAAAGCAGCAGAGUAUCGGCUCUGUGCCUUGGACAGUGAAAAAUUUAAAGGCAGCUUAAAGAUGUGUUAGGUGAGGGUUAAAGAAUGGUGUCACCUGUCAGAAAAGCCGCAGGACCUGAUGAAUCAAUACUGAGCUUCCAUUGCAAUGUUUGCCUAAGAUUUGGCACGUUAUUCUGUGUAUUGAUAACCAUAAAUGCAUGUCAAAUUCAAAUGUAUUUCUCUUUCUGAUGUUUUGCUUUUCAGUGAA